GGCGUUCGCUUUCCAGCCAUGUCGGAUGCCUACAAUGAAGACUUGAGAAAACUGGCUGUCAAGGUGGCCUCUGAGAUUGGCUGUUCUGACUGCAUGAGAGAGGGGGUAUACUGUGCCCUGGGAGGCCCCAACUACGAGACCAUCGCUGAAUGCCGCUUCCUGCAGAGACUGGGUGCUGAUGCCGUUGGCAUGAGCACGGUCCCUGAGGUCAUUGUGGCCCGUCACUGCGGCCUCCGAGUUUUUGGCUUCUCCCUCAUCACCAACAAGGCCAUUUUGGACUAUGACACCAAAGAGAAGGCCAACCAUGAGGAAGUCUUGGCAGCCAGCCGCCAAAGCGCCCGCACCCUUGAAAAGCUGGUCUCCAUGAUGGUGCAACGCAUCGAACCAAACAACAACCUAGUCUAGGGGCCCAUCCAGCUCACGAUCGCCCGCGUGACUUUGGGCAAGGAGAGAAUAUGCUUCUUAUUAAAUCCUGCUGCUAAGAUUCCUACUCUGGGAUGAUGCGGACAAUUUGGUCUGAGACUUUGCCGAGAGUGGAAUUAAUAUCCUCCUUAUCUUGCCUACUGUCCGCCUCUGACCAAGAAGCCCAUUUUUUGUCUGCCUGUUUUUGCCCUUCGGUGCGUUGCUUCUGCAUGUGGGUAGAUCAUGUCCCUUCCAUGUCAUCUGUUCUCUGUAAAACUCCUCCAGAAAUUCCCGUUGGAGCAGGCCACGUAGUCACCUCACGUGGGCCUGUUUUACUUUUAAAAUGGAGGAUGUGUGAGGAAUCUAGAAGUCCUUUGCUCAUUCCAAAAUGGCCGCUCUCUCCUCAGGAACCAAGCAAGAACUGGUUGCUUGUUUUUUUUUUUAAGGUUCCAUUUUGUUUCUGGUUUGGGUUUAGUUUUCUGAAUCCUACAAUCAUCGUUGGAGAAGAGUUCAAAGACCACCAAAUCUUAUCUGUUAGAUGUUUGGGUCUUCUCCUGUGCUCGGGCAUUUUGAACAGAAAGUCUUAACUGAUAUGCAAUAACUUGUCUGGCUUGUCAUGUUUUCAAUACUUGAAAAGUUAUCUGUGGCUUCUUCCUUUGGUCCUUGUUGAAGCUGCAUAUUAAUGUCUUGGAUUAACAUUUAACCGCACUUGUUCUCCAAAGAAGCUACUGAAUUGCUCAGAAUUUGAAGCUAUCAUCUUCAGGCAAUAAACCGGCGAGAUCACGUACUCACAAAAUGUAGAUGAUGGUUAAUAAGUAAAUGUCAGGAUAUCCUAUGUCAAAUUUAACCCACUAGAAUGCACCUCCAUAGCAACUAGAAUAAAAAAACCCUCCUGCAUAUAAAAAUUAAGUACAUCCUGUGGGGGUUCGAACUCUGAGUUGCUAGAAUCCUGUUUGGAGGGAACUGUUUGUUUUUCCUGUGUGGAAGGGCCUUCAGAGAUGUCUAACCCCCUAAAUUUGAAUCUCUUGUAAGGAUCUGUGGAGAUUCUCAAAUCAUGCAGGCAAUGGUUGUCCCAAAGGUGCUUUUUCAAAAGGCAACUGGACUUCCUUC